CCAACCGCCGAAAAACACCGCAUCCAACUCACCUCUGAACCACUUGCCGCUCAGAGCAACCGGGACGCUCACCCCGCCGCGUACGGAGCACCCCCCUUCUCUACCUCCGAAAAACGACAACCGCGCCACACAGAGGAACUUACUUGCAUUAUGUAACCCGUCCCCGUGCAAACUUCACUCCCCCCGGCGGGGAAGAACUCGACCCAAGGCUCUUUCUUCGACCGCGACAUGGCGCCCUCUCAAUCGCGAGCCAACCUGGAGCACCUGUUUCUCCUGCUCGCUCCGCCCGCGUCUGAGGGGCCUUCUCGCCCGCCCAACGGCGACCGUUGUUCUAACCCGCGCUUCGGAUGAGAGAAGCUGUGCGCUACACUGUCGACAAACCACCGCGCACCGCAGACUUCCCACGCACUUUCUUUGCGCCACCUCCCCUAUCAUCGUCCGCAUGGUGAGCGUGUGCAAGGGAAUAAAACUCGCGCCACACAACUCGCCUCGAUUGCGGUCGAGAAAACGCGCUGAAGAAAAACACAAGUGUUUAUACGGAAUUCGAAUCAUGCGUCGCUUGAGCUCCCUUUAGGUGAAGACCCUUCUGUCUAUAACGGAAGCGGUUUCCCAUAGCUACCAUCCAAGGACCUUCUGAAUCGAGCGCCUCGAAUGCUCUUCGCCAAAAUUUUCGAGCGAUUUGACAUUUUGUCUCUAGCACUCGUGCGCCAAAUGAAUCGGACGAGUUACGGAAUUUUGCAUAAUUUUUUCGUCAAACGCAUUUAUUUUAGGUAAAGAUUCGUCGCGUCUAAACGAAUGAGUGUCACAGAUUUGUGCCAUGUCUGGUUCAUCUAAAAAACACCAGCUACGUCAAUUGAUGAAGGCGACGGCCUCAUCCGCACCGAAAGCGCACGGUGAGGCCGACAUGCCGAGGGUUCAUUCGUCGCUUGCACGACAUGCGGCGGAUGGCAGCUUAACUUGUAUUCUGUGCAACAGGCUAAUCAGAUCCACAGCACUUUGGAACGCGCACUGUGCGUCAGACGAUCACAAGCAGAAGUUGCUAGAACUCCAGAAAAAAAAGGAAUUAGAGGAGCAAGAAAAAUGGCGAGACGGUCUAGAGCCUGCCGAGAAGAGGCGGAAGAGCAACGAAGUGACUACCGAAGAUCUUUCUGAGGAGCUACGCUUGGCAGAAAAACGGGAACAAGAGGCCAAAAGAGCGCAAAAUCUUAAAGAGGAGCUAAGCAGAGAAUGGAUGCAGCUAGAUGAGGUAGUGCGACAGGAACGAGAGAUCGACGAAUUCAUGAAGAGACAAGUGUCAGCAGACGGAUCUCGAAAACAGGAGGACGGUAAGGAGAGUCAAAACGAGGACCGAAACGGGUUUAACGAGAAAUACAGUCAGGACAACGUUGACGAUUAUGAAGAAGAAGGAUACCAAAGUGGUGAUGAAGACAUCGGUGGGUAUUCAUCAGAUGAGGGUGCGCGUGCAUUAGAAAGUCUGUCUUCUCCUUAUUUUACGAUAUAUGACCGUACUUGCGUGAAGUGGCUGCCAGAAUGAGGUUGGUUGUGUAUUUGUGAUGAGGAGCUCGGCUGACACAAAAUGCGCACGGUAUUUUUAGAAAAAAACAAACCGUCUUUCAAGCGACCCAACUGAUGCAGUUACUGUCAGGUCAGGAAGAAGAAUCCAACCAAAUAGAGGGAACUUCACAUUUUGGUGAAGAGAAUGAUUCCUCAGACGAGGAGGCUCAACCGAGUGAUGAAGACACUGCGAAUUUGUAUAAUUGGAGAUCAAAGACGUUGUAGAAUUAAUUAAUUAUCGGGGGAACUACAAUUGUGCAUUUUUUCGUUUAACAAUUUAACAGUUUUGAUUUAUCUGUUUUCACAUUGCUGUUAUGAUGGAAGUGGAGAUGAACGUGAUGUGGGUGCACGAUGUACCACGAAGACAGCGAAUUGAUAGGUUUUCUUCUAGCGAGAGGGGGUUUGAAGAGAGCGCACAGGUUACACGUCAGGAUUCAAAUAGAGUCCAAUCGUGUAUUUGAAGGGUGCUUACGAUUUGCUUGAAUGUGUGUAUGUAUUCGGUUGGGUCUUGGAUUUUUUCGAGCGCUGAGCUGGAGCUGUCCGGGUGGACGACUGUUGGCAAAUUCGCAGUUACGAGCAGAUCAGACUGUUGUUGGUGGAGUCUGAUUAGGAGCAUGAAUACCCUGACUCGGUUUUUUGCGAGUUCAUUGAACUUGCUGGCGAAAAUUUCUCCGACGAUCAAGAAGCAUUCUGGUUGCGCUUUAAGAAGAGGAAGUAUGUGGUUUGGAUGUAGUUCUUCUUGAUGCAGGAUUGAGUGACUAGACUCGGAUUCAUUUAGCGAGACGAUUUCGUUCCAAUGUUUCAGCGCUGCUGAAUGGAUAUCGUUGGUGGGAACGAUUGACAUGAUUUCGAAGAUGAGGCUUUCCUCCGUGUUGGGGUCGCUCCAGACUUCUUGGUAGUCGGGUAUUUGGCGCAAAAGGCUGUGUCGGUUGAGGUUGUGCGAGGGAGGGGAAGAACGCUAGUGAGAGAGGGGUGAAAUGAUAGAGUUCGACCCGGUUGAGAGAGUCGAGCCGCGAGAAUAAAACCAUAGAGCGCUAACUCAACGGGUUUAUAGGGUGUGUGACACCUCGAUGCCUCGUCAGAACUAUCGAAGGCGUGACACGUGUGACAACAUAUACACACUUCGUCAUCAAGUUGUGCGUUUUGAAGAAGUACCUCAUGUCUGCGAGUCUACUCGGGAGAUGGCAGGUGAUGGCACCCCCAUACAAAGGGGUUAGGUGGGACAUAUCCUUCUGUGUGUAGAUCGGGCGUCUUUCAGUUGACAGCUGUUUUGCUGAAAAAAGGUACGCGUUGAUAAAUUUUUGCCUCCGCCGCUUCCGCAGGUUAUUUUUUUCGCGGCAGCGAAAUUGAGGAGGGGCAAAAGAAAAGGAUGACAGGUCGCGCGCGUGCAUAUUCAUGUGUGUAUGUGUAUAAUAUGUAUACAUAUAUUUACACAG